CUAACAAGCUUUUACAAUUAUCAAUAGGAUUUAGUAAAAAUGAUGUAGCCGAUAUCUAGGCAGAAACAGAUAUUUUUGGUUAUGGCAUCAAGGGAGGGCCUCGUUCAGAGACGAAUUGUUGGAUCUGACGCUCAGGGCACACAAGAGAAGCCAGUGUCAGACACCGAAGAAGAUUACUCCCCUCUCGAUAAAGAUGUUAGGUUGACUUUGCUUGAGGAGGUCAUUCUUGUAGGAAUAAAAGAUAAAGAGGGUUACACUUCGUUUUGGAACGAUAAUAUCUCGUCGGGUUUAAGAGGAGCUAUGCUGAUAGAACUUGCACUUCGGGGACGGAUCACUCUUGAUAACACGGGAAUGAGGAAACGCAGCCUGCUCAGCCGCAGGGUAAUUAUGAAGAACGAUACGCCAUGUGGGGACAUUCUACUGGAUGAAGCAUUACGUCAUGUUAAAGAAACAGAUCCACCAGAAACAUGUCAGAGCUGGAUUGAGCUACUCAGUGGCGAGACUUGGAACCCACUGAAGCUAAGAUAUCAGAUCAGAAAUGUCCGCGAAAGGAUAGCCAAGAACUUAGUGGAAAAAGGAAUACUGACAACUGAAAAACAGAACUUUGUAGUCUUCGACAUGACGACCCACCCUCUUUUAGACCAGUGCCAAAAACAAGGAGUGAUCAAGAAAAUCCAAGACACACUUCUCAGUAGGUGGAUCAACGACCCUCAGCGCAUGGACAAGCGCGCUCUAGCGCUGGUGUACCUGGCGCAGGCCAGUGAGGUUCUCGAACACGCCUUUUCCUCACUUUCCGACGAGGAUUACGAUCUUGCGAUGAAGCGCGUGCGCGAACUACUGGAUUUGGACCCGGACAUGGAAGCAGUAAAGGACGGUGCCGAUGAGGUGCUGUGGGCUGUUGUGGCUAGUUUCUUUAAAUAGACUAGCUCCAUUUUAUACAGCAGGGUAACUUAUAUAUACUGGUGUUGAAGCGCUGAUAAAAUCAAUUUCAAUGGAUAAAGUUUCUAUUUUUAUUAGCUAAACUAACAAAAGGUCGCAAAUAACUUGAGUUUAACCUUGUAGUGAUAAAUUGUAAUUACAAAGUUUCGGACCGUUUCUAAAUUUCCUAAAUUAUGUCUAUUGAUCAUGAUCGUAGAAUCGCAUUACUGCCGGUACGUUGGAAACGAUAUAGUUUUGUAGCUAACACUGACAUUGAUUUACAGAACUUUGGGGCAGACGCAUGUACGAUUUAUUUUUUUCUAGAAUUAAUUAAGCGUCAUACUCUAGAGUAUCAUAGCUAGCUUGGUCGGUAAAGUUGAGUUUAAUUGUAAAAAAGUUUUAUUGUCGGAGUAUUUUAGUUUGACAUUUUGCCACCGUCAAAUCUGCGUUAAUACUUAAUUCUGAACUACAAUUAGACUAUUUGUUGAAAUAAUUUUAUUUGUAAUUCACACAA